AUGGUGCCUAGGCCCAUAUUCGAUGUGCUUGGAGCGGUCCUCCCGUCAGGCGGUGGGAGUAACGUCUCUCCAAUCUUUGAUGCACCUGUACUUUAUUCGAUCCAAAACCCAGGUGGACCAGGACUAGGAGCAGCCUCCAACUUGCCCAUCCUGAUCCCCACGUAUCCUGCAGUUACACCUGUCGCAGGUGAUCCCAUCGACCUCGGCUUCGGCCGCCCUGAAUUCGCACCAUCAACGAAAUCAAUACAGCCAACGCCAACCUCUUCGAACCUAGAACUAAACAAUGCUCUAGCUGUCUCCAUUCUCGGCACCACUACCUUCGCCAGUGACCAGCCGGCACUCAUAAUCACCGAGCUGCAAGUUCCCAAGGCCUCAAAGUCGGUCCACGAGACCACGCUCUUGUUCUGCACGACUGACUCCUCCAUUGGUCCUCAAUUGUCUGGUUCCCCGAGUAGCGAACGGGCACGACAUGAAUCUUUACAGCUUAGCCCAGCCACAAUCACAAAAUUGGGAACACCUCUGCCCAGCAUUCCUUCCGGCGCGCUGUCACCAACCUGUCCUCCACCAUACAUACUAGCGUCUGAAGUCCACGCAGUAGCAGCCGCAUUCGACGCCCCCGUAUUCACUCCGACUUCAACUUCGAAGUCUAUCAUGAAUGCUGCGACACUCACUUUAACCUCCUCGGCAAGCAAUCCGCAGCUCGAUGCGUCCUUCCGUAGCGGACAAGUCGCUGUAAAUAAUCACGGAUCGCCUGCUCCAGUAACGGAAACGGUCGCCAAGGGUGCACCUCCUUAUGCCUCAAACUCAAUGUCUGGUUCGCUCCAUGAAACUCAAAUAGCGGGUAGUAAAUCUUCUACCGCCCCUGCUAGAGUCGACACAAGGACAGCAGAAACCCUUUCUCGGAUCCCAUCUGCUUCUCUUGUAUCAUCCGUAUCCUCGUCGUAUUUGUCCGAUUACCUAAACGCUUCUGUGGUAGUCACAUCUACAAGUUCUGCGGUAAAAAUGGCCGGAAAUGUUGGUGGAAUAGGUCAAGUGAUAGAGGCUCCUCCAGUGACACGCCCGGUUUCGUCAUCUUUAUCCUCAUCUUCAUCCUCAUCUUUAACCCCAUCUCCAGCCUCAUCUUCAUCAGCAACACUCAUGCAGGAAGCGACCACUGCUGGGUCUCCAGCGUCAUCAUCUCUGGAUGCUGCAGCCGUCACACUUUCAGGAAGCCAACCAAGAUCACAGGCCACAAUACAGGCUAGCAUACCAACGAUGGCCAAAGCUGGUUUCUUAGACGCAAAACUUUUCAAUGUGACGAACGACAAUCACAGAAUGACAAGGACCUUGGGAACAGCGCCAAUAUCGACCCUUUUGGCAAACCAAAGCUUACCGUUUUUAAUCGUCCAAGUUACGAGCACGGCGGAGAAAAUAGUGCAGAUCACGGUGCAAUCGCCGCCACAGCCUGUCGCCAACGCGACCACGGCAAUAAAGACGACGCCAGCAACAUCCAUAUCUGCAGGAAGAACUUUGAGAUGGCGUUGGGGAAGCCUGACUGCGUUGGGCGUCUUUAUCAUUCUACUCACAGGCUGA